CAGGUGAAUGAUUUACAGCCUCCAGUUUUACCUUCUCACCUGUCCACCGGUAAAUAAACACGGACGCACUGGGAGCGGAGAUGUUCCGCCGCCGCUGACGGCUUUAUUGGUCCAAACAAAGGCGAUAGAUUGAGCUCAAAGUGGACAGAAAGACGGAACCACGCCGCGGGAGCUGGACUUAGCAGCGGGAGCCAUGCUGUCGGCGGAGGAGAUCCUGUGCAACACGCAGCAGGUGAUCGCAGGCCUGGAGGCUCUGAGAGGAGAGAACCACGGGCUGCUGGAGAGCCUGCAGGAGGCGAUGGAGGGCCGGACGGCGUCGGACAGCGGCAGCGUGGAGCAGGAGAAGAGCGGCAUCAUCCGCCAGUCGCUGGAGAGGAUAGAGCUGGGGCUCAGCGAGGCACAGGUGAUGAUGGCGCUGUCGGCUCACCUCGGCUCACUGGAGGCAGAGAAACAGAAGCUGAGAGCUCAGGUGCGUCGCCUCUGCCAGGAGAACCAGUGGCUGAGGGACGAGCUGGCCGGAGCUCAGCAGCGUCUGCAGGACCGCGAGCAGGACGUGGUGACGCUGGAGGAGCAGAACCGACACCUGCAGUUCAUGUCCUCCAUACGCAAAUACGACCAGGAGGAGCCGCCGCUGGACGACAAGGACACGUCCUCCAACAAGGAGUCUCUGGAUGACCUGUUUCCUGCCGAGGACGAGGAACCGUCACAGAUCUCUCAGCCUCACCACAGCAGCGCGGCCGCCGCCGCCCAGCAGGGCGGCUACGAGAUCCCCGCCCGCCUCCGAACGCUCCACAACCUGGUGAUCCAGUACGCGUCGCAGGGCCGCUACGAGGUCGCCGUGCCGCUCUGCAAGCAGGCUCUGGAGGACCUGGAGAAGUCGUCGGGCCACACCCACCCAGACGUGGCCACCAUGCUCAACAUACUGGCGCUGGUGUACAGAGAUCAGAACAAAUACAAAGAAGCAGCGAACCUGCUGAACGACGCGUUGGCCAUCAGGGAGAAGACUCUUGGAAUGGACCAUCCGGCUGUGGCGGCGACGCUCAACAACCUGGCCGUGCUAUAUGGGAAGAGAGGGAAGUACAAGGAAGCAGAGCCACUUUGUAAAAGAGCUCUAGAGAUCAGAGAGAAGGUUCUGGGUACGGACCAUCCAGAUGUGGCCAAGCAGCUGAACAACCUGGCCCUGCUGUGUCAGAACCAGGGCAAGUACCAGGAAGUGGAGCAGUACUACGAACGCGCCCUGCACAUCUACCAGAGCAAACUGGGCCCAGACGACGCCAACGUAGCCAAGACCAAGAACAACCUGGCAUCCUGUUACCUGAAGCAGGGGAAAUACAGACAAGCCGAGUCUCUCUACAAAGAAAUCCUGACCAGAGCACACGAAAAGGAGUUUGGAUCUGUGGAAGGCGACGGUCGUCCCAGCUGGUCCGGCGCUGACGACGGAGGAUCCAGCAACCUGAAGCGCAGCGGCUCCUUCACCAAGCUCCGGGAGUCGAUACGGCGAAGCAGCGAGAAGCUGGUCCGCAAGCUGAAAGGCGUCGGAGUCGAGGAGAUGACCCCGAGGAACGCUGGGAUGAAGAGGGCGAACUCUCUGAACGUUUUAAAUGUGGGAGCCAGAGAGAGUCAGGACGGCACGCAGGGAAGCCCGUUGACGGAUAACCGAGGCCUGAGCUCCAGCACGCAGAGCCUGACGAGGCGAGGCUCUCUGGGUGGGAACAGCUAACACACCCCCGAUGCAACAGAUCGCACAAACAACCGGAGAGACGUUCGCACGCCGACUAAACCUGCUGCUCUGUAUCCAGCACGUCAGAUGUCAGAGCGGAUCCGAGCCCCCUGAAGAAAAGCCGAGGCUGUUGUUUGACCAAAAUCUAAAUUCCACUUUCUAGUUUUUCUGUGGCUCGCACAUAAAGCCCUUCUCGACGUAUCUCCGUUGCACUACAACAUUUCCUUCCUGAUCACUUGAAAUCCGUCACUCCUGGUUUGAAGGUCCACAAAUCAUGUUAGACGCUAAACAUUCCUCCGUGAGCCAGACGACGUCAUUUACAAGUUAACAGAAGUAGUUUGUAAAACAGCUAAUGUUUAAUGUUGGUGCCCUUUUAACAACCGUUUCUAUUAAUGUUACUGAAAAGAAGAAAACUGGAGUUAUUUGUGUUACAUUUUCUAAAAUCGUAAAUCAGGCGCGCUGAUGUUUGUAAAAAGUCUCCUCUGAGAAACGGGGACGUCGGGUUUUUUUUGCACAACGAUCAAAACGUGACGACGCGUCUGUGAAGCUGUAAUUUUUUUUUACAUUUGGUUCGAAGAGGGAGAAGUUGAGCUGCGUUUACACUGUUAAAGAAAUGUGAUCGACGAGUUCUGCCUUCAGAGUGUCCACGUCGUUUUAAUCAAAUCGUCGAGAGCUAACGAUAAGACAUGCCCGCUUAUUUAUUUUUUAAAAAAAGGACCUAUUUUUUAAAAACUUGAGGACUCCUACUCGUGAUUUGCACCAUUUGAAUUCAAACGCCAGCUCAACAAACUUACAGACGGUACUUUCAGAAGACGGUGGAUGUUUUUUGCACAUUACAUGGAUGCUAUGUAAAUAUAUUCUCAAUCAGACCAACUCCUGACGAUUGUAGAUCAUGAAACUCUAACGUACACAUUUCAACGUUUAGCGAUGACGCGUUUGCUCCGUGCUGACAAUCAAACGUUUCUCAUCUUUGCUUUUUCACUGAAAUGCCUGAAACCCACGACUUAUCACGGAUAGAGCUUAACGUGUAGGUUUCUUCGCUAGAGAAAUAAUUACCUCAAGUAGCUGCUGCAGAGUCAAACUGCAUUACAAGUUACGUUUUAGUAUUAAAAAACUUCAUAAACACUCCCCUGACACUCAGGAACAUCUGAAGUAAGGACGCAAAAAGAUAAAAUUCGGCUCCCUGUUACCGUCAGAUCCUCGCCGACUUCAUUCCACUAAACUUCUCUCGUUCUACAAAUCCUGUUUCUGGAGAACCACUGAUUGUCUGUUUGCUGUGGUAGAAGACGUCACUGCUGUUUGUCUGAAGGGCUGAAGCCGCACCGUGUUAGUUUCUGUAGGAGCUACAGUCUGUUACGAGCACAUGUAAGAACGCCGCACAGGAAAAAAAAAAAAAAAGUAGGAAAAGUGUGUAGAAACGGGAGCGUGAAGCUCCUCUGGCGCCGUUUGUUCUGUUAAAGAUGAAUGUUUGUAUUUUAUAUUUGCAAACUUGAGCUGAAAUAAAUUACAAUGAGACACUGA